GGAAGCUUCGAUUAAGUGCAUGGUGGAAAUAUACAGAUGCUACUGAGCUAACGCUCAUAAAAAAUGAAUUCUUUGAUAUUAUAAGAAUAACUAUAGCACUUUACAGACAUUGCGUUCAGUUAUUUCCGCAUUCCAACGACUGUUUUACAAUCUUACUUAAGAAAGAUACCGAACAGCUCGGUAGCAGAUGGCCAUAUAGCUGUGCGCCCUGCACUUGUGCAAACUGUGUAUAAUAUAUAUUUAGUUCACUACUGAUUUUUCAUUUUAUAUUAAAAUAAACACCAACAGUAUGGAUGCUAAACAACUGUAUGACCUGAAGCAGAAAGCUUUUAAUUAUUAUCUUGAUAAUGGUGUGCCUCAAAAAAUGGAAGAAGUCCUGAACUCUAUGUUUUAUGACAACCCAGAGGAUGCGUAUGGAUACUUGGUCAGCUACUUUGAGCAGUUCACAAAGCCACCAGUUAUCGCUAAGCUAAAUGCCAGAAGACGUUUUGAUGGAAAGGGGCAACCAACAAUCCUCAUCGAAGUACACUGCGUGGUCAAAUCCCAAGAGAAGCUGAUAUGUAGGUGCAUCAGUCCAUCAUCAAACUCCAACAUUCUUGACAAUGCAAAGUUAAGUGAUCGAGAGGUAGAAGAGCAGAGAAGGGCAGAAUCUGUCAGGAUUGCCAUCGACUACAUUAACCAGGAAUUUUCACCCAUGUUCAGAGACAUGAAACCCACAGAACAGACUAAAGUAGAUGCCAUCAUUUCAGAGUAUAUGCAGAAACUUCAGGAUGAAGAGAAUGCAAAACACCAUGCAGAACUGACGACACCUGAGAGUGAGACCACACCACGCAUGGAUGUUCCUCAAGACCCCAAGGCCAAAUCAAAAGCACCUGUCAAAGGAGGAAAAUCAAAGAUUCCUACACCUGUCAUCGUAGAGGAGCCCCGUGAAUUGCUGGCAUUAGGAGCAGAGGCUGUAUGUGCUGUUAGUCAGGUUGUAUGUGUAGCUGGAGCUGCCACACAGGGUGUUCCUCUUUAUGAGUAUAUCUCCAGUCUCUACAACACUGAGCAAUGCCAGUUCCAUAUGCCAUUACCUAUGGUCAGCAUCAUGCAGGGUGGAAAAGCAGCAGCAGGCAAACUGAACUGCAUUAAGGAGUUCCUGGUUGUUCCUAGUCCUCACCUCAGCUACACACAGAGUCUGGACUAUAUUAUUGGAAUCUAUUCCUAUGUGGAAAAAAGCCUGGUUUCAAAGUUUGGGGCUCAAAUGAAGGCUGUGAGUGAUACAGGAGCAUUGUGUCCAGCUUUUGACAAGCUGGAACUUGGCCUUGACCUUCUGAUAGAAGCGAUUACUGCUGCUAAUCUGAAACCUGGCGAGGAUUUUCAUAUUGGUAUCAAUGCAGCUGCCCAUGAAAUCAUUGAUUUUGAAAAGGGCAAAUAUGAAGUGAUAACAGGAAUGUUGAAGGGUGCAGAUGAUAUGGUGGGCUUCUGGACAGAAAUCCUUUCUCGAUACCCAGAAAUCAAGUUCAUCAUAGAUCCACUCGGGAAACAGGACAGGACUCAGUGGCUAGAACUGUGUGAUAAGAUCACAGAUACAUGUUUCGUUGUUGGAGAGAAUCUCUACCCUCGCACAGGACAUCUCAAAAAUGAAGAACUUCCCAAUCCUGUCAUAACAAAUGCCGCUGUUCUUGCCAUGGAGAGUCUAACGUCAGUGUCAGAACUCAUGACCUGUGUCAAGAAAAUGGAAGCUGCAAAGAAUCAGAUAGUUUUGGCUGCUCGAGCUGGAGAAACACAAGAUGACUUCCUUGCUGAUCUGGCUGUGGGAAUGAAUGUUCGAUUCAUAAAACUGGGUGCACCAAAUCGAGGUGAGCGAAUUAGCAAGUACAACCGACUACUGCAGAUAGAGUCUGAGUUGGAGUCUGCGGGGAAACUUGCACCACAAAAGGAUCAUGAGUUCAUCCACAUCUCACUGCCAUCACCAGAAGUGGAAUAAGAUAUACCCAGUUCUAGAUCAAAAAACCUAAGAGAUUUAACAGGAAGAAGUGCCACAAAUAUCAUUUUUUCAUUUGUUAAUAAUAUAUAAUAGUAAGUCUGGAACCCAUCAGCAGAUAAAAACUGAGGCAGUUACUAGCCUUCCAAAAAGGUGACAAAGUGUAUGACAGAUGAUGGGCUUAAUUAGGUUUUACUGCUCAAAUACAUUUCACUUUUCCACCACAAAAUCUACAACCCAUAUAAAGACCCAAAGUGUGGAAUUAUCAACCACAAAUGACAGUACCUUCAUUAUCUUUUUACCAUAAUUCUUUAUUUCUUUUCAUAUCCUCAUUCUUGCACUGUUUCUCUAUUACAAUGAAAACUUCAGCAGAUUUUUAAUCUAAUGCCUUUUGCAUGUGUUUGAGGGUGUGUGCAUGCAUGUAGAUGAGUGCAUGCAGAUCUAAGCAUAUUAUUUUAAAUAUGUAUUAUUUUUGUCUGCAUCAGUUCAUACAGCUUACAUAAAAAUCAGCUGACACCUAAUAAUUCAUGUACAUAUUCCAUCCAUUCACAAAUCAUGUUUGUUAAGCUUCUAGAUUAAUAGUUUCUGAAUAGUAAAAUAAAAAGAUCAGACCAUAUUUACAAAUACAGAUUUUAUUACACCUCCCACAAAUACAUUUUAUCGUGUGGUACAUCUAGCUUUUCUUGGAAACCUAAAAUUUCAAUCGACCUGGUGGGCUGCAGACUGAUCUGUCACUUAAAUAUGACAGUCAAGUUAAUAUUAGAAUGCAUGUAUGUUAUCUGUCAGUCCUGCUCAUAUUACCUGACUGCAGGGAACUAUACAACCACUUUCAUUUAAAAGCAAGCAAAAGUACACAUAUCAUUUGAGUCACAAAAAAAAGAUCACAUUUAAAAUAUUGAAAUCAUGGAACUCUGAGUAAAUAACACCCCUUCGUUCUCAAGAUUAAAUUCUACAAACAAUAUCUUACACAUAAAGGGGUGAACCCUGAGACAUUACAAAUGUCCAUGGAUGUCCUAAAUAAUAUAUGAUCCAAGCUUUUCCAUUGGUAAUAGCCAUGGUAAUGUAUGCAAAUUUAUAUGCCUUACUAGUUUGUUUUGGUUUUUUUUUUUUUUUUGUCCUGACCCACUCCUCUCUUCAAAAAUGAUUAAUUCUGCAAUCGUGUGACCAAACUAGAAACUGCAAUGAUGCAGUUCUGCAGGAAAGAUUAAAGAAAGUAAAAGACAUAGUUUCCUUCCACAACAUUCUGUCCCUGAAAUACCUCUUUCUCUUUGAGUGUGUGAUACAAAUUUUUCAAGCUGAGAAAAUGCAGAGGUCUAGGCUUUAACGCAUUGGGAACAGGAC